GGGAGGGGAGGCGGUCUCUGUCUUGCGCUGUGAAGUGAAUAACGGUACAGUACAACCUUCUCCCUCCAUUCAGCCACAGCUCUGACCCAACACAGCUGCUAUCACAGAUUAUUAUUAUUAUUUUUUACUUUUUCUGUUGUUGUACCUAACGGACAAUAUCGAUUCAGUGAUUGUUCCAACCAGGGGACUAUCUUGUGGGACACAUUUGGACACUUUUACGCAUGACGACUUCGAUGACACUUCUGGGGUGACAGCAGGACCUCGUCGCGUCACGACUCAAAGCCCUGAAUCGUUCGGGAAGUUUUAAGCUAAUUGAGCCCUCGUCUGCUGAAGCCAUGUUUUCCAAAGCCACCGCCAACUUUGUUCGCGACAUUGACCCCGAAGGAAGCCUCAUCCACGUGUCCCGAGUGAAUGACUCACACAAACUGGUUCCCAUGGCGCUUGUCGUCAAACGCAAUCGCAUCUGGUUCUGGCAGAAACCGAAGUACCAUACCACAGAUUUCAGCCUCAGCGACUUGUUGCAGGGAGACAAGGGACUCAGUCCUGGUGUGUCUGAGGAAGAGUUUCUUUCCUUCGAGGGGAAGUAUUGGGACAAACUCUCAGCGAAGCUGGACACUGAGGCUAGCUCCGUCAGCGCCACACUGGAGGGGUAUGGCACCUCCAAACUGAAGUCGUGUUUUGGCAAGCUGAAGAAAGAGACUCUGGAUGUGAAGAAGCUGCUGGAAGACUCCAGCAGCAGGCUGGUUAACAUGGAGCAUGUGCUGGUGCAGCAGCUGGAGAAGCCAGCUGAGGUGCUGGCAGUGGUGAAGGAGCGCAUCUUCACCACCGACUCCUGCUCCGUCAGCCAGACCAAAAAGGAGCAGUGCCUCUUUCAGGGGGUGCUUGGUCUCAUUGGCAUGCUGGGAAGCCCUUUUAAGUUGUGUGUUAAGGAGAGAAACAAGAUUGAGGCUGACAGCGAUGUUUCCUUGAAGAUCCCCUCCGGUACAGUUGUCGCAUAUAGCGUCCUUGAGCUGGAGAUUAAGAAAAAUGGACACUAUGGUAUUUGUCUAAGACCUGGAGCAAUAGGAGGAAUUGAGGCAGACUCACCCGUGACAACGCCAUCCCAUGAUUUCUUGGACACAGUAGACGGACAACGCAAUGGGCAGAAAGCUCCAGAAACAGUACCAUUGAGUGCGUCACAAAAUGGCUCACAUGAGAUGGACCUUUCUCCUCUGGCAGAGCUGCCCGAGUCUGCUCGAUUUGCCUUGUUCAAGCGCCUCCAGGACACUCUGAGGGACAGAGGUGCUCUGUCAUACCUGCAGUGUUUGCUGGAGGACUUGUGUAGCGGUGAAACACUCGACAUGGCCGAACAUGGACAGCUAUCGGGCAGUCAGGAAAUAACGUUUUCAGCCAUACUGGACGGUUACCCUGAGGACAGCCAGGGUGGUGUACCUGCUCACCUAAUGGCUGCUCACCUGCUGGUCAGCGCCAUGGAAGAGUUGCCUGAUAAAACUCUGAGCCUCCUGGCGGGAAGCUGUCCUGAAUUCCUGGAGGCCUUCGACACACUGAUGACCAGGUUAAAGGACAGCAGCGAGCCUCUCUCCAUCCAGUGUCUUCCGGUCCUGCUGCAGGACAACCAGACCUUCCAACUUGCUGAGCAGCUGCUCAGUUCCACCAACGUGGCUUUGAGGAGAGAUGCAGACUGGCUACAGAUGGAGACAGGAAACCAAGCCGGAGUUCCCUGCGUGGUCCUCUGUCUCAGCAUACGGGGUUUGUCAAUGCUGAGCAGAGGGCUGGAGGAGUAGAGGUGUCUGCAUCUGCACUUUCUUCCAAUUUCUAUAGACUUUAUUCAAGACGUUUAUUUCUUUAUUGUAAAAUGAAUUUGGAUUAAGCUUAUUGGAGUCUGUUAUAAAACAUUU